GUAAAAAGAAAAAGAAAAAAGCAGUGACAAAUUGACAAUAAGACAUUCGGAGUCACGGAAUUGUACAUUUGUACUGUCCCUACUUCCUAUACUCCAAAGUCCAAAUACGUCCCCCGCAAUUUACGCCUCUCUUUUCCUAAUUCUUUUAUAUUCCGCAAAAAUAUAUAACCACAUUUCAGACUAUAGUAUUGGAUUUAUCUAUUUAAGAAUUAUACCAUACUUUUCCACACAACAUCUCUUUCACAACUUCCGAUUGUCCACGGCAAAUGCACAGAGCUACGACCUCUUUUCCACGAAACCGCGAAACUGGAUUUAUUUUCGUUUUGAAUCGGACUUGUCUACUUUAAUUCACAUAAAUAAAACAAUUAUUUUACUUAGCAAGUACAACUCCUUUCCAGUUUUACCCUCGUCUCUCUAUAUAAGACCUUCUCACUCUCUUGCCUCUUGUAACCACGCUACUCUGGUCUGCUCCUUAGAGGUCUUUGGACGAUGAAACAGCUAAUCCGCCGUCUAUCGCGAGUCGCGGACUCAACACAGUAUAGCCUCCUCCGGUCUGAAUCCCAGCGUGGCCGCACCAAGAAGGAGAAACACAAAUCUUGGGUUCCCGAGGGACACGUGCCUGUCUACGUAGGCCAAGAGAUGGAGCGGUUCGUGGUGAAUGCGGAGCUUCUCAACCACCCCGUUUUCGUAGCGUUGCUGAAGCGGUCGGCUCAAGAGUAUGGAUACGAGCAACAAGGAGUGCUUCGCAUCCCUUGCCACGUACUUGUGUUCGAACGCAUCUUGGAGUCUCUCCGUCUCGGACUCGCCGAGUCACAUGACCUAAAUGGUCUCUUUUGAGACAUAAGACGUUUCUAGUGUCCUAUAGUAUCUUGCUACUUAGCUACAACCUACAGGGCAAAGCAGAGUUAUGUAAAUUACCUAUUCUAUAUCUAAUUCGUUUAUAUGUGACAAAAUCGAGAUUUGAGGCUUUUAUUUUUCUGGUUGCGAUCAACACAUGAGUAAUUUGGGUUGGAGAAACCGUCGUAAGAUGUUUCCCAUAAGUAGUAGCGCCAACAAUGUCAUUAGCUGCUUCCCAAAGUUGGGGGAAUAGAUAACUUCACAAAAUCAAUAUUGUGUAACUUAACUAUUCUCCUUUUCUAUUUCUCGUAGCUACUUUUUUUUUUUUUUUCCGGAUAAUUAUGUGGUAAGGAGUUAUGUAUGUUAACUAGUCUUCCCAUGUUACUUCACCUCCACAACCACAUUUGUAGUCACCCAUUUAUUAGCUCUUGUAUUUUGUUUUUU